CCAAUUUCAGGUUGUAAGUAUAAGUAAUGGUGUGAAGUAAAUGGGUAUGUAAAGGGUAGAAACCAUCUAAGACAUGUCAUUAUCACGAGGUGUUCACGCCGAAUUAUGUAGCUAUGUACAAGAGAAGUGUAAUUCCAUAUUUGGAUCAAAGUUUUGGGAUUGUCGAUUGGCGUGUAGCGUAGAGUAUGGUACGAAAACAGACAAGUUUGAGAAUCGAAUCUUUGCAUUAUCAAAAUUUCGAGUUUUCAUAUUACAUGGGAAAACACCGUCUUCAUUAAAGAUUGACCGAACUUUCCAUAUCUUAUCAAUACGUGUUAUUCAAAUUGUUAACGAUAAUGAAGUGUGCUUUGGUCUCGAUGAAAGUUUUCUGGGUAAAAGGCGCAUUUUCAUUCGUUUAGAAAAUGGUUCCAAAAAAAUUGCUCUUUCUGUUCUUUCUGCCCUUAAGCAUUAUUUUCCGGAUAUUAUCCAAAAUCUAAGGAAUUUGUUGGAAUUAUUCCCUGCUGAUUUAUAUGACGAAUUUUGGUUUUUGCCUAGCAGCCGACCAUAUUUACCAUGUCAUAAUUUUCGUAGAUCUUAUGCUGCCGUUUGUGAUUAUUAUGAUCAACCAUUCCGUGAUGAAGUUGUUUGGGAUGUAGAGAAAAUAUAUGCUACUCAUGGAAUUCAUAUUUUAAGAUUAGACGACUUCACUCAUUUGCUUCCAAGAGAUUUACUACCCAUUGUAGCUGUGUGUCAGUAUUCCUGCUAUUUUACGGGCCUGUGCAUUGAUGAUGUUAAAUUAGGUUCAGAUCUUGUAGACAUUAUCUUAUCAAUUGUUCGUAAUUCGCGUUCUCUAAAAGUACUUAUUCUUCGUAGCUGCGCUCUUCCAAAAGAUUUUAUUGCUUCGUUUUCGAACGCUUUACAAAGUAAUACGCCUUCUUUGGAAGAAAUAGAUUUUUCCAAGAAUGUGUUGGAUGAUAAGAAAGGCUUCAUCGCCUUAUCGUCUCUGCUAUCAAAACUGACAUCACUACAUUCGUUAACACUUUCCGAAUGUGCGAUGACAGAGAAAAGUGUUAAUCAAAUAUGCUAUGGAAUUUUGCAAGGGAUCAAAUCAAAUACUGAUUGUAAAUUUCUGGCCACGCUUGAUUUCUCAGGGAACAAUUUGAAAGAUGAUAUCAGUGAUUUACUACAGUUGUUAUCAUUGUGUAUCAGUCUUCGAGUUUUGAAUCUCUCUGGGACUGGUAUUAAUAUCGAUAAGUUAUGGGCUUCGCUCAUUUAUGGCGGUUUACAGUUGGAAAUACUGAAAUUAGCAGGUUGUCAAGCAGGUCGUCGUAGCAAAGAAAGUGCACAGCAAAUGAAGGAAUAUUUUUCUACUGCCGUAGCACUGAAAGAACUUGAUUUUUCGAAUACCACAUUAAAUGCGGAUAUUCUAAAGGCUUUGCUUCUUGGUCUUGCAAGUAAUCAGCAACUGAAACCAUUCACUUUGUGUUUGAAUGGUGUCUGUGAUAGGAGUUCAGUGAGUGUGCUGGAGACGUGUCUUAUCGGAGUGGAUGUUUGUACAUUAUCACUAAAAGAUAAUAAUUUGGAUUCGGAAUUGUUACCAGUAGUUUUGGCGACUUCACAAAUGCGUCAUCUCACCAAACUGGAUUUGAGUGGAGUAAAUUUUCCAAACUGCAAGCGAGGUACGAAGAAUACCACAGUGGUAUCCAACAUUCUCUUGGAAAUUGUCAAACUUGUUGGGGAGGAUGACUCGAAAUUAAACGAAUUGUCGAUCGCGGAUUGCCGGUUGGGAUCACAUUUAAGCAUACUGUUAAAUACACUUGGUGUUGCGUGUUCCUUGUAUUAUCUUGACAUAAGUGGCAAUGAAAUGGGUAAUUUUGGCGCCCGCCUUUUGGCGAAAGCACUACAAAUUAAUACUUCCUUAAAAACGGUUCUUAUUGAUAAGAAUCAAAUCACCGGUGAUGGAUAUGUAGAUAUUGCACAUUCUUUAAUACUUAACUCAACACUCCUUUCUCUUCCAUUUCCUGUAAUUGAUGCAGCGGAUUCGCUGAAUCGAGCAGAUCGUGCAAAAACGCUGGCGGCACUCACUGAGAUUGAAGCAUGCAUAGAGAAAAAUCGCGCAGGAUUUAGCCACUCUGAAAAGCAGUACAUAUGUUCGGUGAUUGCUUCAAAACAGGAAAUUGAAUCAUGCGAUGUCGGAAAUUCGGGAAUUGGUUUCGAAGAACUGAAACGGUCGAUGAAUGCAAUAGACUUAUCUGAACAGCUGGACAUCGAACUGGAAAAAGUAGCUUAUGACGUAAUGUCUAGUUUAGAUGACGCUUUGCUCAGCAAUGUUAAGCAAGCGUUACAUCCGGUUAUGGAAGCAGCUGAAAAAGAAGGUUUAAGUGAGCAUGCUUUAGCCAAAAAACACAAUUCACUUGCUCGUGCAGCUUUAAUGAACAAUAUCAUCAGUUAUUUAUGUAAAACGAAGUGGAAAUUGAUCAGUGAAACUGUGCAGGGGAUUGCAAAUGAUUAUCGUGUGCAGCGCAACAAUAUGGAAAAAGAUGAUAUAGGGUUACAAAAUGGAGUCGACGGUUCACCCAGGAUCAAUGUAUCAAAUUCAACAAAAUCGGAUGCUGUUAGAUCACACCGUCCGAAAUCGGUGGUUUCGGAAUUUUCCAACGAUGAAAUCGGAGAGAAGGUGAAUUUAGAUGCUCCUCCCAUGCCUUCUGCUUUGAAUCAUCCAUCAAAAUGUCGCCCAAGGCCGAUGAGAAAUUUCAAAAGGAUCAAGCCUCAGAUACUCUUGGAAGAAACUCAUCAGAGUUAUAGUGAAAGCGAAAAUGGUGAGAAUUCUGCAGUGUACGAUACUGCAGCUGAUGAGCCGAUAAUUUGCUCGCCUGGCGAGUCAGAGGUUGACGCUCAUUCCAGUAAUUUGUCGAUCAGUGAUGGAUAUCGUUCGCGUUCACCAGCUGUCACGCGUAGUUUUGCUCCGCUACCUCUUUCCCAAGAUAAUUUUAUGAGUGCAGGUUCCGGAGCAGUCCAGCGAUCGGCUUCACCGUUACCACCACCAACCAGUGCUUCAGCAACAGUUGCACCACCCAUUGUACCACGACGAAACAAAGCUGGUGCACAUUUGGUACCCCCGACUUUGCCACCCAAGCCAGACCAGAUUGUUGCGGUUCGUCCGGUAAGUUGUACCGUAGAUGGUGACAACAGAUCAGGUCGUAAAUCGGUCGCUGAUAUGGCUCGAUUGUUUUCAUCUACAGAUGCUCCAUUUAGCCGUCGUUCAUGAACCAUUCUCGAAUUCGUUGUUGCUUGUUAUCGCCUUCUGCAAAUUACAAUUUUAAUAUCUUUGUCAAUGUACAAUAAGUCUCAUGUCUUGAAUUCGUAGCUACUUGACUUUGAAUGUUUUAAAUUUUAAUCAUGU